UUUUUCGCAUGAAUCUACUCGACCCCUUCCUGAAGAUGACAGACGAACAGGAGAAAUGUUUCUCUGACGCUCCAAGCCCCAGCAUGUCUGAGGAUUCGGUCGGCUCGCCGUGCCCGUCCGGUUCCGGUUCCGACACCGAGAAUACCAGGCCGUCCGAUAAUCAUCUCUUACUGGGUCCAGACGGCGUGCUCGGCGAGUUCAAGAAGGCUGACCAAGACAAGUUCCCUGUAUGUAUCAGAGAUGCAGUGUCUCAGGUGCUGAAGGGUUACGACUGGACCUUGGUGCCCAUGCCAGUCCGAGUGAACGGCUCCAGCAAAAACAAGCCCCAUGUCAAGAGACCUAUGAACGCUUUCAUGGUGUGGGCUCAAGCCGCCCGGAGGAAACUGGCGGACCAGUACCCACAUCUCCACAAUGCAGAACUCAGCAAAACCCUCGGCAAACUUUGGAGGUAUGUUACAACUCCUUAUCGUCACUUUUCUCCGCCAUUGAGGAGAUUUUCACUUGAUCAACUAAUAUUUGUGCUAUUCAAAAAUUGCUUCAUAGAUAAAGCUUGAAUAAAUAGCAGUGUGUACCAAUUAUUUGGAAAGAUGUCUGGUGUGUAGCUACAUGUGCAAUUCAAUAGUGUAGGAUAUGUGCAUAAUUUCGAUUCGAAUUAGUCGUUUUCAAAUAUUGGGAUAUAAUAAUAACAUCUUAAUAAUUAUAAUUAUAAUAAUACUUCUUUCAACACUUCGAAAAACUUGUAAUUUAAUACAAUACUUGUUUCCAGAUUGCUCAACGAAGGCGAGAAGCGUCCGUUCGUAGAGGAGGCUGAGCGCUUGAGGGUGCAGCACAAGAAAGAUCACCCCGACUACAAGUACCAGCCCAGACGGAGAAAAUCCGUCAAGAACGGGCAGGGCGAACCAGAGGACGGCGAGCAAACCCACAUUUCUUCCGGUGACAUCUUUAAAGCUCUCCAGCAAGCAGACUCGCCCGCGUCCAGCAUGGGCGAAGUGCAUUCACCCGGUGAACAUUCAGGUAAGAAUAAUUCAUUCGAACAAUUCAUUAUAUUGUCGUUCUAGAUAAUACUUGCUUUUGGUCGAUAUAAUCAUUUUAUAGUAUAAUGCCGGUGAAAUUAAAAAAGUAGUUAUAUAUAUCCUUUAUAUUGGAAAUGCCUCUACUAUCCUAUUCAAAACGUGAAUAUCGAAACGAAACAAUUUCAAUGCCUUUUUUUUUUUACAAGCCAUCAUGCAAAUCUACCACCUGUCUUUACUACUUAUCUCUUCUUCAUUAAAGCACAUUAGAUAAUGACACCAUUCCCUUCAUGGAGGGAAACUCAGACAUCUUAAAGCAUAUCUUUAUUAGCUCCAUGGUUGCAUCAAUUGUGUCAAUAAUAUCAUGAUGGUGUGCAGUGAGAUUAACUCUUUCUUGCUUUAUUUUUUUACCACCAGCCCAGUCCCAGGGCCCACCUACACCACCGACCACCCCCAAAACAGAGCUGGCUGCGGGCAAGGCCGACCUGAAGCGCGAGGGCCGCCCCCUGCAAGAGGGCACGGGCCGCCAGCUAAACAUCGACUUCCGGGACGUGGAUAUCGGUGAGCUGAGCAGCGACGUCAUCUCCAACAUCGAAGCCUUCGAUGUCAACGAGUUUGACCAGUACCUGCCGCCCCACGGGCACCCCGGCGUGCCGGCGUCAACGGCACCCAGACGGGCUACACAGGCAGCUACCGUGGCAUCAGCGCCAGUUCCAUCGGCCAGGUGGGUGCUGGAGGCCACGGCUGGAUGUCCAAGCAGCAGCACUCCCUCGCCGCCCUGGGUGGAGGUGGAGGUAGUGGGGGAGAGCAAGGCCAGAGCCAGGGGAGAACCACUCAGAUCAAGACGGAGCAGCUGAGCCCCAGCCACUACAGUGAGCAGCAGGGCUCUCCUCCCCAGCACGUCACCUAUGGUUCAUUCAACCUGCAGCACUACAGCGCUUCAUCCUACCCCUCCAUCACCCGCACACAGUAUGACUAUUCUGAUCACCAGGGCGGCGCCAACUCUUAUUAUAGCCAUGCAGGUGCCCAAGGCUCAGGGCUCUAUUCCUUCAGCAGCUAUAUGAGCCCCAACCAGAGGCCCAUGUAUACCCCCAUCGCUGACCCCACCGGAGUGCCCUCGGUGCCCACCCAGACCCACAGUCCACAGCACUGGGAGCAGCAGCCUGUCUACACCCAGCUCUCCAGGCCCUGA